CAGAGACCGACUCAUGCACCUCACCACAUCAUGCGAGCUUCCCUUCCCCUCCAUUCCUCGUCUCUCUAAUUUUCUUCAUCCGAGUCGUUUGUCGCAUUCUUUUCGCUCCAUCCGCUAUUGUGUGUCAAACAUCAGACAUCGCAUUCUUUCGUUUUGAUAUUCGCUCUUUUUGGCUGCCGCGGCCUUAUCAGCUUAUCGGGCGACAAUAGUUACAGUACUAUCCGAUUAGAUAACGAGCAAAGGCGUCCUCGUUGCCAUCUUGACCAACACGUCGUUCCUCGCGAUCGGGGUUGGUUGCCCGGUUAUAAGAGUCUAAAGGCUGGUCUGAUCGCCUCGUUCCAUCGCUAUGCAUAUCCGCCAUGUGUUACGACCGGCCAUACCAAUCCUCGCCUUCUUAACGCAGGUCGCUCUCUCGGAGGCUACCCUCGCAGAGUCCGAACUCGCCAGCAACGAUACCGGAGUUGAAAAGCGCUGCGAAAAUCCUUGUGGCUUUUACCACCAGGUCUGCUGUGAAGCGGACGAGAAAUGCACCACGAACGGCAACGGCCAAGCAGUGUGUUCGGGAGGUAGCGGCGGCGGCGGCGGCGGCGGCGGCGGUGGAGGAGGAACCUGGAAGGUCUACACGACAACCAUCGUGGCAACAGAGACAGACACGUCGACGAUCACGUCUACCUGGAGCAGCUUCAUCCCAGACGAGACUGGCGGCGCAGGAGGAUCCGGGAAAUGCGACUCGGAACUGGGCGAGUCAGUAUGCGGGAACACCUGCUGCGGCGCGGCAUAUGUCUGCCACAACGACCAAUGCGUCGUGGGAAGUUCCUCGAUAUGGGCCACCGCAACAGCCACUCCUCCAGUCCGAGGAACGAGUGAUUCCACCGUCACCCAGACCGCGACGACCACACGGGGAUUCGACGCUCCCGUCGGCACCGACGGCGCCCCGUUGCUGGAGGCGAAUGCGCCCCAUCAUGGCCUCAGCGGCGGAGCCAUCGCGGGAAUCGUGAUUGGAGUCAUCGCCGGCGUCUUCCUCCUGUUCCUCGUUUGCGCUUGCCUGUGCUGUCGCGGCGCGAUCGAAGCCCUAGCCGCCUGUCUCGGCCUGGGCAAGCGGAAGAGAAAGGAUUCGUACGUGGACGAACACGGACAUCACCAUGCCCACUAUGCGCAUGGGAGCCGGCCCGAAGGGCGAACCUGGUUCGGCGCUCGACCGCACGCGCAUGAGGGCGAGAAGAAAUCGAAAUGGGGCGGCUGGGCGACUUUCGGGAUUAUUUUGGGGGCGCUUGCGCUCUGUCUGGGUCUCAAGAGGCGCCAGAACCACGACGAGAAGAGCACCGAUUACACUUACCCCAGCACUUAUUACACCUACUCUGACUAUACCAGCACAAGUAGUAGCGAAAGUUCGGACCGACGAACGAGAGACACGAGACGGUCACGACGAUCCCGCACGCGCUCACGCCGUUCAUGACAUGAUGAUUGAAGGAGUUUACCACAUGAAGCCACGAGAUGUAACCUCCACGACGAAGUACCUUGAUUUUGCGUCCUUUCCCCCCCUUCUUAUUUUCACUGAACCCGAAUUCACAUGGGUUAGCGCUAUUCUGGCGCCGUUUAUAUUGAUGAUGUAUUACAACCUGUCCGCUUUGCUGAUUCCCUUUUGACUUGCCUGUUGUAUGAUGACAGUUAUGCACUGACGCGCUAAUGAUUCUCCGUUCCCAAUGAUCUGUCUUCUCGUUCACCUUUUUAUCACUUUGUGUUCUUGAUAUAUGUUCCCAGAAGGUUGGACGAAAGACUGAAGAGACGAUGUAUGUAAAUAUGAGUUAUGAAUCCAAUGACAUAUCAUGUCCCAC